AAACAGACCACAAUGGUAUUUACGUGCAUUUACCACUCUAGAGUGGGCAUCCUAAGUCUAGAUACUCCUUAAUUCACUCUAGCACAUAAAAAAAUAAAACAAAAUAAAAUAAAAACAAAGCAAAAGAUGGUAUAAGGUAAAAGAAAUUCCUAAACGCUAAGAAAAUGACGUGUCAAGCAAAUUUGUGAUUAACAUACUAAAAUCCUCCUAACCGCCUGAUUAUUAGAAUCGUAGGAUGGAAAAAAGAUCAAAUCAGGGAAUGAAGGUGCACCUGAAGCGAAUCCGCUUGAGAUUGUUGCCGCCACGCGGAAGCGAAACGAACGUGAUUAGCUCCCCGGGCUCCACCUGCGCCACCCAUUCCUUAGGUUCCCUCUAUUCGACGAACACGAUAGGUUCGGCUCGGCGCCCGCUCAUCGAUUUCGACAUCGCCUCUCCGCUCGAGCUCGAUAUCCCCUUCAGCCUCGCCUUCAUUUAUUUCCCCCACAUCCUCUGGGUCCCGGAGCUUGAACUCCCCGUCCGACGAUACGACCACCUGAACAGGUCAGAAUCCGUGUCUGAUUCCCCUUGGUUCCGGAAUUGGCUCUGCGCCACGCACGGAGUGCAGUGUCUGUACGCCCCCGACGACUUCAGCGCCAUGUCCUUCAACUGAAAUUAAUCCAGAAACCAUCA